CAUUGUCAAUUGUCCUGUUUUAAUACGGAUAAAUUACGAGCACUUCUAAAAUUAAUAAAUAAAAGUGUUUAUUUUAAUCGUUUUGCUGUUGUGAUUUAUCGGACUUGAACUGACUGAAUCAUUAUUUCCAAGAGCUCUUGCAAAAAGUGGGACUUGUUAAUUUGAUUCUAUAGUUGAGUGGUAAUGAGACGUUAAGUGGUAAUCAAUAAAACAUUGUAACAGUUUUGUGAUUGAGCUGUUAUUAUAAGUAAAUUCUGUGCAACAUCAUUUAUUGGGCUGUGACUUGAAAUCUAUUUUAUGGAAAUUUAUAGAGCUUUUAAAUAUUAUAAUUAUUUAGUGUGGCAUGUUUUAAUUGGCUUAGAAUAUAAACAAACUAUGGUGCGAUGUGGGUAACUACGUGAAGAUGUCAGCUGCUGCGGAGACGCUGCCGGCGCCGAACGUACGUCCGCACGCUCCUCCCGCCACUACGCCCGCGCCACCGCCAGCGCCGGCCGCCCGCCGCUCUAAUGGCAAGCACAUUGUGCACUGGUUCCGGAAAGGCCUGCGCCUCCACGAUAACCCAGCGUUAAAGGAGGGCCUGCUAGACGCAGCUACCUUCAGAUGCGUAUUCAUUAUUGAUCCAUGGUUCGCUAGUUCUUCUAAUGUUGGCAUCAACAAAUGGAGGUUUCUGCUGCAAUGUUUGGAAGACUUAGAUAGUAGUUUACGGAAACUUAAUUCGCGUCUGUUCGUGGUGCGAGGACAACCCGCGGACGCUUUACCUAAAUUGUUCCGAGAAUGGGGUACCACUGCGUUGACCUUCGAAGAGGAUCCCGAGCCGUACGGACGGGUGCGGGAUCACAACAUUAUGUCAAAAUGCCGCGAGGUUGGCAUCACUGUCACAUCUCGUGUAUCCCACACGUUAUACAAACUAGAUCAAAUUAUAGAACGAAAUGGUGGCAAAGCGCCUCUCACGUACCACCAGUUCCAGGCCUUGAUUGCCAGUAUGCCUCCUCCUCCGCCUGCAGAAGCGCCGAUAUCAGCUCAAAUGCUAAACGGUGCAACCACGCCCCUAACCGAUGACCACGACGAUCGGUUUGGAGUACCGACUCUCGAAGAACUUGGAUUCGAAACCGAGGGAUUAAAACCUCCCGUUUGGAUUGGAGGGGAGAGUGAAGCUCUAGCUAGGUUAGAACGACAUCUAGAAAGGAAAGCGUGGGUGGCUUCAUUUGGUCGGCCAAAGAUGACUCCGCAGUCAUUGCUGGCAAGUCAAACAGGCUUAUCACCAUACUUAAGGUUCGGUUGUUUGUCAACGAGAUUAUUUUAUUAUCAGUUGACAGAAUUGUAUAAGAGAGUCAAAAGAGUAAGACCUCCACUAUCCCUUCAUGGACAGAUACUAUGGAGAGAAUUUUUCUAUUGUGCGGCGACACGUAAUCCUAACUUUGAUCGCAUGGAAGGGAAUCCUAUUUGCGUCCAAAUCCCAUGGGAAAAGAACCAAGAAGCUCUAGCGAAAUGGGCUAGUGGUCAAACUGGGUUCCCAUGGAUAGACGCAAUAAUGAUACAAUUAAGAGAGGAAGGCUGGAUCCAUCAUUUAGCCAGACAUGCAGUAGCCUGCUUCCUAACUAGAGGAGACUUGUGGAUCUCCUGGGAAGAAGGAAUGAAGGUGUUCGAUGAAUUGCUUCUCGACGCCGACUGGUCGGUCAAUGCUGGCAUGUGGAUGUGGCUCUCGUGCUCAUCAUUCUUCCAGCAGUUUUUCCACUGCUAUUGUCCAGUGCGUUUCGGUCGCAAAACCGAUCCUAACGGUGAUUUCAUAAGGAGAUACAUUCCUGCGUUAAAGAAUAUGCCAACACGGUACAUCCAUGAGCCGUGGGUGGCUCCAGAAUCGGUGCAGCAGUCGGCACGGUGCAUCAUUGGCCGUGACUAUCCGUUACCCAUGGUGGAUCACUCGAAAGCGUCUCAAGUCAAUAUAGAACGUAUCAAACAAGUGUAUGCGCAACUCGCAAAAUAUAAACCGCAAGGCACAUUGAAUCCCAAUGCUGUGCAGAGGCCAAAUGUAAUGCAGUCGUCACCGAGUCCGAAUUCGAUUAUCACCAGCAUCAACCAGUCUAACUACCUCUGCAGCCAGGCCCCUGAACCCCAGACAACAACACCACAAAUAAUUCCAUAUAAAGACAACGAUGUCGUAUUCCAAAAACCAAUGAACCAUCGGUCUAUGAAACCAUCAUUUAAACAAGUUGUCAUUGUACAGAAAAAGCAAAAUACCAAUGUCAUACAAACAGUUUCUAACUGUACGUCACAAUCAAAGGAAAACUAUAUUGUAAAUGGUCAACUAGACGGUUCUUACAAAACGCCGAUGAAUGACAAUAUACAAUCACCUAAACAAGAAAACUAUGACUUCAAAAACUUAGUUAUCAACAACUAUGUGCAAGGCUAUUCUAACAAUCCAGAAAUUUUUCAGAAUGAACAGUCAAAUAAAAAUGAAUUGUUCGCACAACAAACUUUGAAAAUUAAUAAUUUUAAUUACGAAAAACAGAAAUAUUACUUAUCGUCUUAUACCGACAAUGAUGUUCGACUAUCAGACGUACACAAUGACGCGCCCCCUCCGUAUGAGAGAGAGCUCAACGACACCAACAUGUCCUUCAACCAAGAAGAUAAAAAUGAAGCUGUAAAAGACAAAGCUAUUGAAAACACUUGCUUGCAUCCAAUGUCAAUAAAUGAUGAAGGAUCAAUGUCAAAUGAAAAUUGCCAGAAUAAUCGAUCUAAUGAAUGUGGAUUUAACUCCUCAAAUGAUAAUCAAGAAUAAUAAGUAAUAGGUAAAAACAACAUAGAUUAAUUAGUCAUAAUCUAUUUAGGUACAGUCCAAACCCAUGCAGAGGAUAUAUAAAUUGAAAACUUGGUGUUACAUUGUACAGUGGCAUAAUGUGCACCUCUGCCUACCUUUGAGGAUAAAAAGUGUGAUGUUAUGUUAUGUCUUUUAUAAGAAAAUAAUUUGUCAAAGCAGCCAAAUCAAAUAGCUUAAUUGAUGAUUAUAAUAUAAUGCUGAAAGAACAAUACAUAUAUAAAUAUAUAUAUUGUGGUCAAAGUAACGUAAAGUAACAAUUAGUUGCGUGUAAUGUGUGCAUGCUAAAAUUUUUAAAUCUGAUAAUAUAUCCGGCCAGGCAGAUCUCUAAAAUUAGGGUGGAUAAUUAUAAUUUUACGAUAAAAUUACAAGAAUGUUAGCUAAUAAAUGUUUCUAUACA